AACAACAUACAAACGUGUUUAUUUUGGUGCGUGCAAGAAACUGUACAUGUUAUUUUCUCUAGCUUAGUUACUUUUCAUAUUGAAAAAUAAGUAACUACAAUACAUUGUAUUUAAGGGUGUCUCCAUGGCUUCCUCUGCGUUUUUAAGACGGUUCAUUAAGGAAAAUAGACCUUUAAUCUUGGAUGGCGGACUAGCAACUGAGCUGGAGGAGCAGGGAGCCAAACUUCAGGGAGAUCCUUUGUGGAGCGCCAGACUUUUGCACACUGAUCCCCAAGCCAUAAAAGAUGCUCAUUACAAGUUUCUCCUCAGUGGAGCUGAUGUUAUCACAACAGCCACAUACCAGGCGAGUAUCCCAGCAUUCGUCAGUGAGCUGGGCAUGAGCCCUGAAUGUGCCAGAGAGCUGCUCAUGACUGGAGUUCAUCUGGCCAAAGAAAUGGUCAAGAAAUUUGACUCUGGGGAGAGAUGCCCCUUGGUGGCGGGCUCAGUUGGGGCGUACGGGGCGUAUCGGCAUGACGGCUCAGAGUACACCGGGUCUUAUGCUGAGGGGAUGAGUGUUGAGGACCUUAAAGCGUGGCAUCGACCUCAGGUUGAGUCCUUAUUAGCAGCAGGAGCCGAUCUGAUCGCUUUUGAGACGAUCCCAAGUAUCAAAGAGGCUGAGGCCGUGGUGGAGCUGCUGAAUGAGUUCCCCAACGCCAACGCCUGGCUGUCCUUCUCCUGCAAGGAUGAGAAGCAUAUCUCAGACGGUAGGAGGUUCACGGACGCCGUGGAGGUUGCCAACAGAUCCGAGCAGAUCCUUGCUGUGGGAGUCAACUGCUGUUCCCCGGCUCUGGUGGAGCCGCUGUUGGAGUCUGCCAGGCCCCAGCUCAGUCCAGACAAGGGCUGGGUUGUGUACCCCAACAGCGGAGAGGACUGGGACCCAGAGGACGGGUGGAAAGCAAGGCAAGCCCCACAGUGGAAACCUGAGCUAUGUCAGACGUGGGAGAAGCAGGGUGCUGCUUUGAUCGGUGGAUGCUGCUGCAUUUGUCCCGCUCAGAUUGCAGAGUUAAGACAACGAUUAAAAGGAGCUUGUGCAUCGUCCCCCCCUGCAGGACGGUCUUAAAGUGACACUAUGUGCUAGACUGCUGGACACAGGAUUGGGUGGAUUCAUGACUUAAACCAUAUGGAAGAAACGCUGUUUCCUCAUUCAGACUGGUUGAAAUGAAAACUAGAGCCUGGACUGAAAAAUUAUGUCCACUGCUAUAAAGAAAUAUAACAAUUUAAGAUGUUUGUAAAAAUGUAUUUUAUUAAAUAAAUAAAUAAAUAAGUAAAUGCUUAAACAACGA